UCGGGGACGUAUCAUAAAUCGAAUAUCACACGGCACAAACUAGAUUUUUGCUGUUUUAAGCUAAUUUUAGUGCAAGGGAACUAUUAAGUUUAUCCUAGUUGUGUUCUGCAGUUGAGCAGUACAGAUCUAUAUUUCAUGGCUAAAGUGCUCAUCAUUGAACCUUUCUAUGGUGGCUCACACAAACAGUUGCUGGAUACGUUUCUUCAACAGUUCCAUCCAGCCGAGUACGAUCUGUUUACUCUAACCGCUAAGAAAUGGCACUGGCGGUCCCGAAUCGGUGCGCUGUAUUUCUCCGAGACAAUUCCCACGGACCACCAGUACAAGACACUAUUUACCAGCUCCGUACUGAAUCUGGCAGAACUGAUAGGCUUACGUCCGGAUCUGGCUUCUUGCCGGAAGAUCGUGUAUUUCCAUGAAAAUCAACUAAACUAUCCCGUGCGCGAAAUCAAGGAACGUGAUUGCCAGUACGGCUUGAACCAAAUAAUGACCUGUCUCAGCGCGGACCAAAUUGUGUUCAACUCGCAAUACAAUAAGAUAUCCUUUUUGGAUAAUAUAAAGAGCUUCCUAAACAUUGCCCCCGAUCUAAAGUUGAAAAACCUGAAGGAAAAGCUGGAACCGCGCUGUGAGGUUCUAUACUUUCCGAUACCGUUCCAUUCGAUCCCGAAGAGAAUUUUCACCAAAAAUGACAAACCAUUGCAUUUAAUUUGGCCGCAUCGUUGGGAACAUGACAAGAAUCCUCAAUUCUUGACCAACACGCUAGUUGAGUUGAACAAACGACAGGUGGACUUCCGGGUGUCGAUUCUUGGCGAGCGUACGCAAUCUAUUCCGGAGUGCUUUGAAAAUAUCGGGGAGCUCCUGAAGGAGAAACUUAUCCAUUUCGGAUAUCUGAGCAAAGACGAAUAUUACCGCACGUUGCUGGAUGGAGACGUAGUAAUUUCAACCGCAGGCCAUGAAUUCUACGGAGUUGCCAUGUUGGAAGCUGCAUACUGUGGCUGUCUGCCAGUGGCACCCAAUAAGCUAGUCUAUCCGGAGAUUUAUCCGGAAACCAGCCUGUACAACACAUCCAAUCAACUGAUCAAAAUGUUGUACAAUUGGUGCAAAAAUAGAAACCUGUUUGAGCGAGAUCGAGCUAUUUUCUACGAAAAUUUUGACUUUGAUAGAUAUUCUUCGGCAAAUAUUGUUCCCAAGUUCAUAUCGAUGAUCAGAGCGCAUAUCGGUACGCCCAGUGUCAACGGCGGGGGUGUUUAGGCAGAAAGUGUUCCGUAGCUCAAUUUUAUAUAUUGUUUGUACUAGAGGUUAAAUUCUUCCAACUCUUUAAAGGUAGUAGACUGGCCAAAUAUGUGCGAUCGAUAUCGCCAAAAGUAAACUAGAGUGCAAUCUCGCGCCAAUUUCCUAUAUCCACUGCAAAUAUAGGGUGUUCAGAGGCACAAAACUGUUUAUUCUAAUCAUUAAUACUAUUGAAAUGCAGGUUAAAAUUGUUCUAAACAACUUAUGUUGGGAUAUUGGUUGAUUAUUUUCUAGUUAUAAACCAUAAAGGAGCUUAAAAUCUUAGAAUCAACGGGAAUUGGCUAGCAAAACAAAUGUUUUCAGUUUUCGAUUGAUUGAUGUUUUUUACAAUGUUUUAGAUAUUCGAUAAAAAGAGGUAUUGUAUAUUACAAUACAGCACUCAAGAUUUUAUUACAAUAAUAUAUAAAUGAAACUUCGGGAAUCAACAUAUU